CAUUCAAAAGUUAACCGCUUACUACACACAUUUAUACAUAUAUAUAUAUAUACAGAUAUAUAUAUAUAUAUACAUAUAUUUAUACACGCAUACUACACAUUUAUAUAUUUAUACAGGCAAAAUAUAUUGCACAUAUUUAUAUAUAUUUAUACGCACAUACAUUUAUAUAACUAUCUCCACAUUUAUAUAUUUUUUGUUGCAUAAAUCAAUAGCUAAUAUCCAUAUUUUAUUCAUUCAUUCAUUGAUAUAUAUAUAUAUAUUCUGUAUCAGUAUUCUUUUGAAGGACCGAACGCUUACACACUCGCCUAACAGGUUGGAGCAGCAGCAACAGCAGUAGUAGUAGUAGUAGUAGUAGUAGUAGUAGUGGUGGUGGUGGUGGUAGUGGUGUAGUGUAGUGUAACCUUCGCUGCUGCAGUUUAACUAAUUCUGUUUUGUUGUAUUUCCUAUUCACAAACUACAGCCCACAACAAAUUACGUUCACACAGACCAUCCCCCUACUCACACACUAACACACACACACACACACACACACACACACAGCGUACGCACGCACUCUCACACAUUUACGUAUAUCUAUAUCUAUCUAUCUAUAUCUAUAUAUAUAUAUAAAUAUAGGCUUUUUCUAAAACUACACAUUGUCGCACUCAUUCAGUGAGCGCUUAGAAGCUAUUUUUAAGUCUGUCACAACACAAAAGUAAACAAAAAAAAAAAAGAAAAAAAGAAAGAAAGAAAAACAAGGCAUCUAACAAAAACAAGGAUUUCCUAAUAUUUUACAUCACUCUUCAUCAUCACUUACGAACUGCAACAACUGUCAAGAGUUGUGAUAAAACAACGAUUAACAUCUUAAAUACUUCUUAUUACUCUGUGUGGAAAAUAAAUAAAAAGUGAAAGAAAAAAAAAACAGCAUGGCCAGCCGGGUAGAAAAUAUCACAUUGCGUUAUUGUUCCACCUGUAUCUUAAUACUCGUAUGCUCAUUGUUCUUUGCCAGAGUCAAUUCCAUAUAUAAGGAAGAGGACGACAUUCCAGACUGCGGUACGCAUAGUGCUUGUAAAACAGUGAUAGAGUAUGGUGAAACAAUGUACAGGUCAAAACUGGACAUUUGUAAAUGUCCAGGUGAGACCAGUUGUCCGACCUCCCAUUCAAUCGUCAGAUACAUUGGCGUGAAAACUGAUGAGCCUUGUCCUCGUUUCACUAUGUACUACUGCAAACCUUUGAACCUUGAAAAGUUACAAACUUGUAAAGAAGGAGAAGUAUCGAUGUCUUUUAAAGGAUCAAAAGUGCUGCCAUCUACUGUGAAGGAAGUAUUUUGCCAUUGUCCAAAACCUGAUCCACUACAUUUGUCUGUUAUUGAAAAUUAUGGCUUCAAGAAAACUGAGUUUUACUCAUGUUCUAUGCCUGCAUGUAACACAACAGAUACCAAAGACUCUCAGGAUAUCAAACAGAGUUUAUCACACGUCUCUAUGCUGACCUAUCCGGCUCCUGACGCAAAGCACUCGCUAUCUGUAGACGCUUCGGACCUUGGUGUUAGUUCUGUGUUACACCAACAAUGUGGUUCCGAAUAG